CCGCCCUCGCCUUCUCGGAACCUCCCCCCGUCGGCCCCGCCUCCCCUUGACAAAAGGCCGGCGGGGAGGAGGAGGAGGAGGAGGAGGAGGCGGCGGCGGCGGCAGCGCGGGGUGUCUCUCUCCCUCCCCGCCAAUGUUCGGCUGCCUUCGGAGAGGGCGCCAAACAAAGGCUGGUUGGGUCGCUCGCCUCGCCUCACUCCCGGCCGGGCUCUCUCUGGCGGGCGGGGGGACGGACACUCUGUUGCGCCCCUGGCCAAGUGCCGGGGACGACGACGACGAGGAGGAGGAGGCUGGAAUUAGAGAUGCUCCCCGGCUGAAGCUGCGCGCGGACGAGCGGGCCGGGGCUGUUGCGCGCGCUUGGAGAGGUGCCUGUGUUGGGUAGCCGUCCUCCCUCCCUCUCCCUGCCGCCUCCGCCGCGACCAUGGCCAUCGCGCACAUCGCCACCGAGUACGUCUUCUCGGACUUCUUGCUGAAGGAGCCGUCGGAGAGCCGCUACAAGGGGCUGCGGCUGGAGCUGGCCCUCGACAAGCUGGUCACCUGCAUCGCCGUCGGGCUGCCGCUGCUCCUCAUCUCGCUCGCCUUCGCCCAGGAGAUCUCCAUAGGUACCCAGAUGAGCUGUUUUUCUCCAAGUGCAUUUUCUUGGCGUCAGGCUGCAUACGUGGAUUCCUAUUGCUGGGCUGCAGUUCAACAGAAGCAGCUGUCUCAGAGUGAAUCAGGGCAUCUCCCCCUGUGGCUUCAUAAGUUUUUCCCGUACAUCCUUCUGCUGCUUGCCAUCUUGCUUUACCUGCCGUGGCUCUUUUGGCGUUUCACCGCAGCGCCCCACCUUUCUUCGGAUCUGAAAUUUAUCUUGGAAGAACUUGACAAGGCUUACAACCGAGCCAUCAAAGCUGCCAACAGUUGCCGGAACUGCGAUGCCAGAGACGCAGCCAGCUCCCCGCCUGCCAUUGAAAAUAUUGCACAGAGUUUAUGGGAGAUCUCCGACAGCCACUUUAAAUACCCUAUUGUGGAACAAUAUCUGAAGACGAAGAAGGGCUCCAAGAACUUAAUCAUCAAAUACAUUAUUUGCCGUUUGCUAACUUUAAUCAUUAUCCUCUUUGCUUGCCUCUUCCUGGGAUACUAUAUCAGUCUUUCCUCCCUGACCGAUGAAUUCAUUUGCAACGUCAAAACUGGGAUACUAAAAAAUGACACGAACAUUCCAGAACGAUUUCAGUGCAAAAUGAUUGCCGUCGGUGUCUUCCAGCUGCUGAGUUAUAUCAAUUUCAUCGUCUACGUGCUGAUCACACCGUUGGUGAUCUAUGCCUUCUUCGUCCCUCUCAGGCAGAGCUCGGACAUCCUUCAGGUCUACGAGCUUCUGCCGACAUUUGACGUUCUCAAAGUCAAAGCGAAACACUAUAACGACAUGAGCCUCUACCUGCUUUUUCUGGAGGAAAACGUGAGCGAGCUGAAAUCUUACAAGUGCCUCAAAGUCCUGGAGAGCCUCAAAGGCAGCGGGGAGAGGUUUGAUGCCAUGCAGCUCCUGAGGAACCUUGGCUCGAUUAAAAUGGACGCCAUGGAUGCCAAGCCAAACACCACCCACAAGGAGAAUAGGAAAAAAGCAGAAGUGGAAAUGUCCAAUGAUGCGGCAGAAUUGAAAGAUCUGAAUGAGCCAAAAUUGCCUGAUGAUACUGAAGGAACAAGUAAAGACGGCAAGAUUCGCCAGAGACUUCUAGAUUCUUCUUGUUGAUGGAUUCAGCCUGUGGUUGAUAGGUGCUGAAAGCCAUUUCGAACAGCUGAGGCAUAAAGUCAUCUCUAUUACAUCACAUGAUUGCCUACCCACUGUUUACAAGGACCUGGGACAGAAAGGCAAAUACUUGUUUGAAAAUAAUUGAGCUGUCUGUGUUUACAUGUCUACAGUUUACAUGAAUAGUAUGCCUAGAGAGACACUGAUGAGGUGAACGAUGUCAAUUCUCAUUAGGGAGGGAUGG